CCAUCAUCUCUCGUAUAUAAAUAUGGCUCCCAAAGGUCGAGAUCAUAAUCAGAGUGGACUGGGCCGAGCAAUCAUCAACAGGAAAAGCAAGGAUGCCCGUAGAAUGCAGGAAUCGGGACUGUAUGUCACAGAUGUGGAUCCGACCUCUCGUCUAAAAUCUGUGACUCAAGAACGAGAUCUGGAUGAAUUUUUAAAUACUGCCCAGUUAGCGGGCACAGAAUUCACAGCCGAGCGACGAAAUGUCAAGGUUAUACAACAAUCUGCUAGUACCUCGCAGAACCCAUACCUUCUAAAUGAACAAGAAGAAAAGAAAACUCUACAGAGACACAGAGAGAACAAGCAGCGACUAAGGGUACCUCGACGACCUCCAUGGACGAAGGGCAUGACUACAGUUGAACUUGACCGGCAAGAAAAAGCCGCUUUUCUUGACUGGCGUCGAGGUCUAGCUGAGCUUCAAGAAGAAGAGCGUCUUCUUCUUACUCCUUUUGAACGUAACAUCGAAGUAUGGAGGCAGCUUUGGCGUGUCCUGGAGCGCUCCCAUCUUGUUGUACAAAUCGUGGAUGCAAGAAACCCACUUCGAUUCCGUUGUGAAGACUUGGAGGAUUAUAUCAGAGACGUCGAGGGACCCGAGGGCGAAAAGGGAACUGGGAAAGGCAUUCGGAGAAGCUUGCUGCUUAUCAACAAAGCCGAUCUUUUGACCUCUCAUCAACGCCGAUUAUGGGCAAAUCAUUUUGACGAACAAGGGAUCCAAUAUGGGUUUUUCUCUGCUGCCAAUGCGGCCGCUCUGCAACAAGCGAGACGAGAUGCCUUGGCACAAGAGCAGCAGGGAAAUACAGUCCAGGAAGGGGACCAGAAUAACAUCACAGAUGAAGACAACGAUGUGGAAGAGCCAUCUUUGAGCGAUCCAAAUCAUCCUGGAUCUGAGUCGGAAUCUGACGACAGCGAGGUCUAUUUCUCCGCGGAUGACGAACCUGAAGAGGAGCAGGAUCCUCGUGCUAGAGUUCUAACAGUUCUAGAACUGGAGGACCUCUUCAUGAGGAUGGCACCGGAUCUUGCUGCAUUCACUGACUCCACUGGCAAGCUCCCUCAAAAGCUGCAGGUCGGUCUCGUCGGAUAUCCUAACGUCGGCAAGUCUAGUACAAUCAACUCUCUUUUGGGUGAGAAGAAAGUGAGCGUCUCAUCAACGCCGGGGAAGACGAAGCACUUUCAGACGAUACAUCUGUCUGAUUCGAUCGUUCUUUGCGAUUGUCCUGGUCUUGUUUUUCCACAAUUCGCUACGACAAAAGCGGACUUGAUCUGUGACGGUGUGCUGCCUAUCGACCAGAUGAAGGAGUACACGGCUCCGAUCACUCUUGUUAUCAAGAGGAUACCAAAAACUGUUCUAGAGGCAACGUACGGCUUGUCAAUAAGGGUGAGGAGCGUGGAAGAAGGCGGAGACGGACAAGUUGCUGCAGAGUCUUUCCUAAUCGCAUAUGCCAUUGCUCGAGGAUUCAUGCGAUCAGGGCAAGGGAACCCCGAUGAAGCUCGGUCCGCACGUUACGUCCUCAAAGAUUACGUGAAUGCUAAGCUCUUAUUCUGUCACCCACCACCUGGUGUAUUGGAAACCGAUUUCAAUGAACAAACGCAUCAGAUUGCACUGCGACAUGCACAGGGAAAGAAAAAGGCUCCAGUAACACGUGUUGGAAAAGAUGCAGAUACCUUUGUUGCUCCCAAUGUUGGUGCCCUCGUCAAUGGCACAACUGCUAGUUCUGGUGGAAGGACACAAGUACUUGAUGCGGAAUUUUUCGAGCAAAAUGCUUCCUUGGCAGGACAUGCCUUCGUUAAUGGGAAGGCAUUCUCGCGUUCAAAGCUGUUUCCGCAUCAGAAUUCAGUCACUGAUGAUGGGACGCCAGUCGGUCACAGACAAGCACGCAUUGCCUCAGUCUUGGCGAACCAAGAAGGUAGGGGAAAUAAGCAUCACAAGAAGAUGAAGAGAGUAAAGCAACGGAGCGGGAAGGGAUACGAUUAGGGUAGUCACAUGACCAUCGCGCCUGGCAUACGCGCCUGUGGCGUUGAUAAUAAGCAGACUCAGCUUGUACUUGUAUUACCAUCUCCUAUCACUCCUUUCUGCUCGGGCUUGCCAUGCUUGGAGCUGUAUCUAUUCAGCAAUCGCUUAUAUCGUCGUCAUCUAUCUGCCAUGGAAUGGGGCACACUUCUUCUUCACGCAGAAGCCGGCCGUCGAUGUCGAAUAUAUGCGCAAAAUUGGUAACCGUGAAGAAGGGCCGCAAAGA